UGAUAUCAUCUUUAACCAAAUAUAGGUGUACGUUACAAGUAAAACAUAUGUUAUUGAUUAGCAUCACAUUCAAAGGCACACGUGACGAAAUUGUGAACAAAAGAAUACUUGAAAAAGAGAAUUUGUAGUGUUUCUAAGUGGUCAUCUUUCUUAUACUUAUAUGUACAUAACUAGCAAUCACUUAUCUGACACUGUUACCAAGAUUGCUCAACUUCUUGCAGUAUCUCGACGUAUUCAUCACAAUAAACUUGAAAGAUUUGUGCUAGUUGAUAGAAAAUAACACGGGAUAUAGUGUGUGAGAUACGAUUAAAGUUGCAACAACUCUUCUGCGCACAACCCGAAACUAACGAAUAUCUGGUCCAGUGAUUACCUUAUUGAGUGAGAGAAAAAGGACAUGCCUCGCUAGGUGCGGGUGCCCCGUUUCCUCUUUACAAAAGAAACUCAAUUUAAAUGUUAGGACGGGGCCAAAUAUAAACGUGCGCCAAUUAAUGGAAUUCAGUUCGCUCAUCGCAACGCGCUCGACUAGCUCGGUAGUCUCAUGCAUUCGUAGAAUAAUUGUUAACACGUUUAGUAAGUGGUGAUAAAAAAAGAUAGACAUAUUUGCAGAAAAGUCAAAAAAACGUAUCUCUGAAUAAUUUGUUCAUCUGUGAUUUGGCAGAUAAAUAAGCUAGACAUUGCCCACCGUCUUUACCGAAUUACAGUUUCGAUUCUUGGUUGGUAGUACUGUCUUUGACAUCUAUGCAGAGUUUCAUGUCAAUAUAUUCAAUUGCUAUAGAGCUGCACGUGUUUUUGUAAACAUACAAAAUGGACAAAUUUAUGUUAAAGUUGCAAUUGGCAUCUCUGCGUCAGUUACACACAAUGUAUCGUACAAUUAUCUUUGUUAUUGCAGUGGCAGCAAUAAUUACGUCAACAAAUGGCUGCAUUAAACGCCGAUCAAAAGAGAAUGGUGAUAAUGAUGGAUAUUAUUGCAUCUGUAAUGCAACGUAUUGCGACGAAAUUCCAGAUGCGAUCAGGCCACUCAAUCCCGCUACAUACAUCUUAAUAACAUCCAGUAAAAGUGGUUUACUCUUUCAUGUAUCAAACGGUGUAUAUAAAAACGUUGAAGAGAUUGAUGCCCCGCUGGGAAAGAUCACUAUAAAUCGGACGGAUGUAUACCAAGAAAUCUUUGGAUUUGGUGGAGCUGUAACCGAUUCAGCGGCUAUAAAUAUUUAUAAUCUAACGUACAAAACAUCUGAACAAUUAUUAAGAAGCUACUUUGGUCCGCAUAGUAUCAAUUAUAGUUUUAUUAGAACACCAAUGGGUGGCACGGAUUUCUCAACGAGACCUUACACCUACGCGAUGAAAGAAAAUGAUACUUCGCUUCAUCACUUCGAUAUACAAGUAGAGGAUUAUGUUUACAAGAUACCAAUAAUAAAACGAGCUCAAGAAUUAAAAGGAGAAAUUAAGUUGAUAACUGCGGCAUGGAGCGCCAGUCUUUGGAUGAAAGAUAACACUUCUUGGACAUAUGAUAGUAAAUUACGUCCAGAAUAUCGUCAACUAUGGGCAGAUUAUUUUGUGAAAUACUUCGAUGCUUAUCGUCGUAAUGGUUUAGAAUUCUGGGGUACAACAGCCCAGAAUGAGCCAGAAAAUUACAAGUACGCUCCGCUGGAGAUGAAUCUGAACGCAAUGAAGUGGACACCCAUAGAAGAGCGUAAUUGGAUUAUCGAGUACUUAAAGCCAACUCUGAAUAGAAAUAAUUUUGGACACAUAAAGAUCUUUACAUUAGAUGAUAACAGAAUGUCGCUUCCUGAUUGGCCAAAAACGGUAUUUCAAGACGCGAGAGCAAGAGAUAUUAUUUCUGGAAUCGCAAUGCACUUUUAUUUUGAUACUUAUAUCAGUCCGAGUGUCUUGGAUGAAGUAAAACAGCUCUUUCCAGAGAAAUCACUAAUAUAUACAGAAGCUUGCGCUGGAGCUAUUAAAAGCAAAUACCCGAUUCUGGGUUCAUGGAAACGUGGUGAAGACUAUGCAAAGAAUAUCAUCGAAAGCAUGUCGCAUUGGGUAUCCACUUGGAUUGACUGGAACAUUGCUUUAAAUACGAAUGGUGGACCUACUUGGAACUAUAAUAACGUUGAUGCUUCGAUAAUAGUCAAUAGUACCUCCAACGAGUUCUACAAGCAACCAAUGUUCUACGUCCUUGGACAUUUUUCAAAAUACGUCCCACCUAAUAGCAUGAGAAUCGGCACGAUAUCGGAGAAUACCGAGGGAAUUGAAAAUAUUGCAUUUUCUACACCCGACGGCGGCAUCGUAUUGGUGACUUUAAAUCUAAACGAAGAGAACAAGGAAAUUAUAAUCAAUGAUCCGAAAAAGGGAACAACCAGGAUAAAUGUCCUUGGAAAGUCCAUAAAUACUAUGAAAUACUGGUAGAUAUAUGUAACAGGAAUAUAACUUCGCCAUAUGAUGUAUCGAUAGGUGUAUGAUGUAAACAUUUAGUCCAAUCAUUUUAGUUUAAACUCACAGAGAAAAUUUUAUAUAAAAAAUUAUACGUAUAAUACAGAUUAUAAAGACAUUUUUUGAUGAAAAA